CAUCAGGAAAUAACCCACCUGGGAAUUACCGUAAACACUGAAGAAUCAUCAAGCUUUCGCGGUAAUAUUGAGUUUUACCUCGUUUCUGAUAAACCACAGAAAUAGCCAUGUCCAGCCUCGUCGAGUCAGAAUUACGAGGUUUCUCAGGCAGUAGCUGGACAUUACUUGGUGUUUCUGCAUACAAUGCAGGUACUAUUCAGCUCUCCUGACCAUAUUCACAGCACGGAUUCAUAUGCACACGAUAAUUGGUAAGAUAAAUGAUAUUGACAACCAUCUAUUACAGUAGCUACAGUAUCAGGUAUCUACAUUCUGCGUAGUAUCUUCCAGCCAUGACCCUCGCGAACACCGCAUCCGCACGCCCCACCCGUCCAGCCACGCCCAUCUGUCUAGUGUUGUCCUUCUUCUCGCCGACCUCAGUGUCACACCGUGUGCCCGAAGGAUACAUUUCUUCAAGCCUCUCCCUCACCGCAUCCCAGAACGCCGCCAACCUGUUCUGGCGUUCGCAUGACUCGGGGUCCGGCACGGUCAGGCCAGCGCGCCGCCACCCCUCCACGAUGGAGAAAUCCUUCACGAGCGUAAACCCGCCCGCCGCCAGGCUCGCCGACGUGCGCCUGAAGCUUCCCGAUCGCUACCGUGCCAUCGUCGGCGAGCGUCCCGCCUGCGAGGGUGAUGAGCCACGCGAGUCAUGCGGCGAGGUGCAGGUCUGCGAGAGAGAGCUGGUCGCCUAUCAAUCACGCGGAAGGAGA